GGUCCAAAUUCUCUGCGAUUCUCUCGGGUCUAACUCUCAAACCCUAGAGACGAAGCUCCUUCGAAAUGGACGAAUACAAGAACCUUAUUCACGAAGCAUUUGGAAAUUCGUCGGAAGAUAGCGACGAUGAUGAUCGUCGACAAAAGCUCCAAGUCCGGAAAGAAGCUCAAUUAGUAUUUGGAGAGAACCCUAAAUGGGAGCAAAUCAGUGAAAUCAAGGGAUUAAGCUUAUGUAGGGAUUUUUUAACUUCUGAUCAACAAUCAACGUUGCUAGCAUCAAUCCUACGAGAAGGAUGGUUCAAUGAUGCCGCUCACAAUCAGGCUAUGAGGUUUGGUGAUCUUCCAGCAUGGGCAAAGGAGCUUUCGACAUGUGUGUUAGAACUUAUUCGUUAUAGUGAUUACGAUCCUGAAUCCAUGGACACAAAUACUUGCCAAAUUGAUAAACAAGAAUGCAUAUUCCCAUCGGAGCUACUUCACAGGGUGCCGCUCUUUAAUCAACUCAUUGUUAACUCAUACCAGCCAGGUGAGGGAAUUUGUGCACACGUUGACCUGAUGCGAUUCGAAGAUGGAAUAGCCCUAGUCUCCCUAGAAUCAUCCUGUGUGAUGCAUUUCAGCCGAGUCGAAAAUGGAGUUGCUACUAAUGGAAAACCAAUCGAGGCCAAAAUCAAGAUCCCUGUCUACUUGACACCAGGCUCUUUACUCCUAAUAUCAGGUGAAGCCCGAUAUCAAUGGAAGCAUGAAAUCAAUCGGAAACCCGGUUUCCAGAAAUGGGAUGGCCUCGAAAUCGAUCAGAAAAGAAGAACAUCCAUUACAUUGAGAAAGCUCUGCAGUAGUGACUAGUACCCACUGCAUUUCCAGCUUGUACUCUUCAUCUGGUAUGUAUUCUAAAAAGCAGGCUAUUUAGCUAAAUGACGUUUUUGAAAACUGAAUUUAAGAAUCUAACCCUUUUGCGUA